AUGUCCAAGAUGGGGGUCGUUCGUUGUGAAUGUCGAGUAUGCCGAGGACAGUCAAUGACCCGAUGCUGGUUGGUUAAAGCUACAUACGAUGAACCCGUUGUCAUCCAUGGUUGCCCUGACAACAUCGUUGUCAACAUCGACGAAAACGCUUCGAAUGCGCCAUCGGUCUCAUGGACCGAGCCCGUACUCAACAACAGUUGGUCCAGCUGUCCCACAAUGAUCUUUCAAGGAUCAGGAACUAAUGGAGGCAAUUUCUCUUUCGGCAAAACCGAUCUGGCCUAUCAUGCUAAUGAUGCGGCAGGAAAUACAGAUGUUUGCGUAUUUUCGGUGACAGUGCAAAGUGGUCUCUGCAAACCGAAUCAAUGUAAGAAUGAAGGAACGUGUGAAUAUGGACGAUGUACUUGCCCUAUUGGUAAAGGAGGCGCGACUUGCGAAGACGACUUAUCAUACGUUAGAUGUGACAGUACCUCAAUGACUGUGGUUCUGGAUAAACGUCUAUUACCAGAUGGCAGUGACGCGUCAGAUGUCCAUUUUCGCUCCCAAGCAGAGGACUGUCUUGCCACUGACUCUGAUCCGUCCCACAUCGAGAUGGCCACAGGAUACGAAAAGUGCGGCACUACUACCGAGGAAGAUGAUGACAACAUAAUCUUUCAGAACUAUAUCACCUUUGCCAAGCCAGGGGCGGGUGAUAACGGCGCAAUCAUCACCCGGGAAUACCAACAACAAAUCAAAGUCGAAUGCUGUUUGAAUAAGGUUUCAGUACUGACCGGAAAUUUCCAGCCCCAAAUCGGCAAAAUCGACAUCAAUGAUAAAGAGCUAGGCAAGUUCAGUCUCAAGAUUUCCCGCUUUACUGCUGAUGACUUUGAAACCGAGGAGAUCGUUGAUGACGGGGGCAUGGUCGCCGAUGGUCGGGUGAUGCUGGGCACCAAGCUCUAUUUCGGAGUUGUGUUAGACUCCACACCCGUUGUCGGUGUCUUCAUCAAGUUCUGCUGGGCUUCAGAGGAGGGUCAUGAUGAACCCCAACAAGAUCUCAUCAAAGGCCAGUAA